GGUCAAACCGUGGCGCUCACACUGUUGGGACUUCCACCAGAACCCCUUCCACCGGAAUACCGGGCUGCUGUCGACAUGCGCAGUUUUGAACGACCCAUUAUACAUACGGCACUACCGUAUGAGGGCCUUCGUGAAACGUGUCAUCAGGGUGCACAGCUGGAACGAGCAUUGAAACGAAUUGAAAGUUUACAGUGUCAGCUGAAGAAUUUUGAAACUUUACCCCGAAGGCGGAAGAGAGGAAAAACUUUUAGAACUGCAACUAGUGAUGAUUGUGGUAGUGAUGCUGGUGGUGGUGGAUGUUGUGGUGGUGGUUGUGGUGGUGGUGGCGGUGGUGGUUGUGGUGGUGGCGGUGGUGAUGGAAAUGGUGAUGAUGGUGAUGUUGAUUUUGGUGAAAGGACAUGGAUUGAUGAGAAUAUGAUGCCAGUUGUUCAUGGAACCAAUAUUAUACCAAUGGAAGAGGAGACUGAUGAGGACGAAGAAGUUUCAUUGGCUCUUGAAACACAUGGACCUUUUUCAAAUCUUACUGACCUCAAAUCUCAUCCUGCUCACCUUGCCGCUUUUAUUAACUACUUACUGACUAAUGCUAAUCCAAGUAGUUUAUUUUUUUAUUUGAUAACUGAUGCAUAUCAAAAUUCUGGUGGAAGCGCAAAGGAACUUCGAAAAUGGGCUUAUGAAAUUUUUUCGACAUUUCUAAUUCCCAAUGCACCGCUAAGCUGGAACAGCGUAGACCAGGGAAUUGUACAAAGUAUUGAUAAGGUGCUUGCUGCGACUGUUCAACCGUCAGAUACUGACGCUGAACAGUUGAAACGCUUGUUUGCAAAUGCGAGGAAGCGUGCUUUGGACGAUGUCAACGAGCAUCUGGCAGAUUUUCGCCAAAAAAGGCAAAUUGGGCUAGGUACAUUGUUUGAUGCCAAUCAAUUAGCUAACAUUAGUAAGGGCGACACUGCAAUGGAAUUGAGAGUUGGGGAGACCAUUCUCAUAAGAUCACUUGAAAACAUGUUGAAUUCUGUCAGUCAGGACCUAGAAAGUUGUGAUGCUCGUUCGUUAGCUGUCAUUUCCUCAUUGGCUACUGUUAUCAAGGUGGUGUUAAAUAUGCGAUCAAAUACUAGCGAAAAAAUCCUAGACCGUUGCCCAACAUUUGUUACUAAGGACAAAGGCGGAGUCUUCAAAAUGAAGAUGGCGCCCAAGAGAUCGGUGCAGGUGAAGGGACAUCAGUUUCUUCUGAGUCCAGUCGCCAUGACUGUCUACUGCUAUCAGUGUCGGAGUGCAGUGUGGGGUGUAAAUGCUCAGGCAUACUUUUGCCAAAACUGUGAUGUUGUUGUACACAAGUUGUGUACUGCAGCGCUGGUUGACCACUGUUAUCCGGCAACACAGAAGAAAGGCGGAGUAAUGAAAUCUAAACGGCCAGGAACACUUGGUAAAGGAGAAGAGGAAAACGAACCCUGGGACUAUUCAUCUUAUAUUUUACCAUCCUCUGCCAGCACUUCUGAGAAGGUAGAUUCUUACCGUAUAUCAAUUAUUAAAAUGUUGAAUUGCUUGCUUUGUUUUUCAGAAUUUGUGGGUAUAACUCGUCAUCAGACUGAGUAUGGUAGAGAAAAUGGAGCUCCAGUAGUCUCUGUGAGGCAGUCGGGCGAUGCCUAUGAAAAGCCAGUGCUAAGGUCGCAGAGCUUAAGGAUUCGGGUAGAUGAGGAUUUCCGAGAUACGCACAAGGGUCGUUCGGGCGUGUUGUGGGGCAUUGAUCAGGUAACUGCUGAGGAAGUUGAAGAAACGGGUCAAAAAGGUCGUAGUGAUGGUGAAAGCGACGAGAAGUUGACUGCUGCUGGUUGCUCACGUUCUGACGUUGGGUCUGUGUCAGCCAGUUCUUCCAUGUCUCAAACUUCAGCCGGUGAUGAGGAACCGCGAACUACUUCAGAUAAGUUUGAUAAAACGGGUUUAUUCAACGGUGAUAGUGAUUUAGAGAUUGAAACAGAAGUUCCAGCUUUGGAGAGUUUUGUUAGUUGGGAAGUGAUACGGCAUUUGAAACCAAAGGAAAAGAAACGGCAAGAAGUUAUUAAUGACGAAUUGGUUGAAAUUCAUGUCGAAAUGUGCAAAAAAAUGAGGACGGCAGUCGAGGAGUGGAAACGGGAUACUCGUUUGAAUGGUCUGUUCGGUGAAGUUGGUGCACUAAUGGAAUCUAUGUUUGAUGGUGAGACGGGUGUACGGUUGAUGAAUGCUACAGCCACCUUUUGCCAACACCAGCAACACGCACUUGAGAUACUCAGGCAGAGGUGCAAAAAAGAAAAAGAUGAUCAGUUUGUAAAGUUUUUGGCAGAAGCAGAAAGCAAUCCCUUAUGCCGUAAACUGCAACUCAAAGAUAUGUUACCGGUGGAAAUGCAAAGACUGGUCAAAUAUCCUUUAUUGUUAGAAAAUGCAGCCAAGUAUACCAAUGAGCCAUCAGAUGAUCAAACCCGGUUAAUGAACAGUGUAAAUGCAGCAAGAAGAAUCCUCUCAGCUGUUAAUACGGCGAAACGAAAUGCUGAAAAUUUACGACGUUUGGAGGAGUUACAGAGGCGAUUGGAUACCGCGCCGUACGACAAAGAAAAUUUUGGAAACGACUUUAGUUCAAUGAAUUUGACCAAUUACAAACUCGUACAUGAUGGCCCGUUGACAUGGAGGUUUAGCAAGGGGAAAAUGGUUGAGCUUCACGUGGUACUGUUAGAGGAAGUGCUGGUUUUGUUAACGAAAGUUGGUGACGGUCAAAAAUUGGUUCUGAAAAUACAGGAACCUUCAAAGGAUACUCGAUGGACACCAAUUCUUCCUUUGGCGCCGUUAAUUGCGAAGGAGAAAGCGAACGACAAACGAGCGUUUUUUAUUGUGAACACAGUGCAGCGAGGAGCACAAAUCUAUGAACUCGUUGCUGCCACAGCGACCGAAAGAAAAACAUGGUUUAAGGCGAUAUCGGAUCAAAUAGAAGCGGUCAAAAAAGACGAUAAUGUUACAACCCCGCAAGCUGUUGAAAGUAAUUUUUUCUUGCUUUUUAGACGUUUCGAUCUAUCACGUUCGGGUAAUGAAAUGUGUCGAUCAUCGGAGGAGCCAAGCCAUCUACAACGAGUACAUGUCCUAACCCAUCCAAGGCUCGUCAACGCUAAUGAGAUCACUGUGCAACAGCCAACAGUUUUGGAACAUGCACAACCGGUAUUGACGCCGACCGAACGGUUGCGGAGGAACGACGAGAUUAUUACUCGAGCAUUAUUGGAUAAGAGUAAAAUCCUGUCUGAGUUUUUGCCAGGUGUAAAUCAAGGACAUGUUGAGGAACUGGAGAAACUUACGGAACAACUAACGGGUAUGUCGGUAGCAGAUUUAAAGCAGCGUGAUAGCAGAGAGCUUGCGAUGAGUGCAAUAGUUUAUGGCAAUCGUCUUUUAGAUGCUAUAAAUCAAGGACUGAGUGCAAAGAAGAAGUCAGAUGACUCAGGUAAUGGAGGCGCUGUUCUGAAGCUAGAUAACGUAGAAACGGAUGUUCCGUCAGUGGCUUGUUAUAAGCUUACUGGUAUUGCUGCUCCAUUGAUGAAUCAUCUAAAGGCGAUGAUGCAAGUUGUUCAAGAUCAGCAUAACCAAAUAAGAGCACUUAAGCAAGAACUUAGUCAUUAUAAGGGACUAGUUGAAAGUGUUGUCGGAAAUCGAACGUUAAGCGAGGAAACUUUGGUGGAAAAUUCUGCACCAGCAACAAAUAUAUUAGAAGAUACUACCAUCUCCAGCAACGAUCAUGGCAAAUAA